GGCGCACUGCGCCUGUGCCGCCGCUGCCAGUGAGCCGCCGCCGCCGCCGCCAUGUCGUAUGUGUUCAUCAACGACUCUAGCCAGAGCGGGGUGCCGCUGCUACAGGCCUGCAUGGACGGCGACAUCACCUACUCCAAGCGGCUGCUGGAGAGCGGCUUCGACCCCAACAUCCGCGACGCUCGGGGCCGUAGCGGCCUUCAUGUGGCCGCCGCCCGCGGCAACGUCGACAUCUGCCGCCUGCUGCACAAGUUCGGCGCCGACCUGCUCGCCACCGACUACCAGGGCAACACAGCGCUGCACCUCUGCGGCCACGUCGACUCCAUCCAGUUCCUCGUCUCCAACGGCCUGAAGAUCGACAUCUGCAACCAUCAUGGUUCCACACCGCUUGUAUUGGCAAAGCGUAGAGGAGUAAACAAAGAUGCAAUCAAGUUACUGGAGUCGCUGGAGGAGCAGGAGGUGAAAGGAUUCAACCGUGGAACUCAUUCUAAGCUAGAAAUUAUGCAGACUGCAGAAAACGAGAGCGAGCAGGAGACUCAGAACAUCAUCCUCAGAGGUUGGGAAACAGAACAUCAGCCCCUCAGUGCUAUGGAGAGCCACUCACUGCUGAAUCCAAAUCUGCAAAAUACAGAAGGUGUUCUGUCCAGCUUCCGAUCCACAUGGCAAGAGUUUGUGGAUGAUUUGGGCUUCUGGCGGGUCCUACUGCUCAUUAUUGUUAUUGCACUGCUGUCUCUUGGCAUUGCCUACUACGUCAGUGGAGUCCUGCCCUUUGUGGAAAACCAGCCUGAACUAGUGCAUUAAACUGCAUCCAGCAAAACUGAGUUUGAUACUGAUUCAUGCUGUCUGUGGCAGCAUGUCAGAAUGCUAGCAAACUGGUCAGCGUAUGAUUCUUGCCAUUCCAGUUACUAAAUAUUCUGCAACCAAGGUUCAGCAAUUGUAGCCUUGGCAUCAAUUUCUAUCUAGAUGCUCUCACUUUGAUUCCAGCCUUUAACACACAUUUAGUUUUGAGCAUUGUAACACUAGCAAAGCUUUGUUGACCACUUCUGAAGUAUGUAUCCAUUUGAGCCUUGUGUAAAAUGUAAUCUAAAGGUAGUGCUUCAAACUGAUGUGCUCGUUGCAAAAUACAUAUCUUCACCUUUUGGGCUGUUUAUAGAAUAGAGGUGAAAAUAUCCAUUGAAACAUACUUUUGUUUCCUUUGUUUUUUGUCUUAAGGAAAUGUGGCAAAACUUAUUCCUAUGUGUCCAAAAUGAAGAAUUUAGAAAUAAUGGCUUCAUGUUAUAAGAUUAACAUAAUUAAGAAGUCAAGACUCCAAUAGAAUGCUGAUUUCAAUAAUCAUUGAGAUAUUUAAAAGUAGUUAGUCUGUAGUCCAUAGUCUUCUGUAUGGAGCCGUCUAAGCCUAAAGAUAGAACAAAAAUCUGCACUUUUAAACUGUAGUAAUGUAAAUUUUAAUUGUAUUAACGAUUACUCCAUGUAUUGUAAUAAAUUGAAGUACCUGAACAA